GCUAGCUGUGAAGGUAAUACUUGAUGGCUCUGGUAAUGUUUAAUCUGAUUAUAUUACCUGACUCGCCCCAGUGUUUUCUUCAUGAAAAGGAAAGUGAAUCUCUGUAUAGACACCUCAUGAGCAUUUGUACGAUUUACAUUAGAGAUGACAAUUGUUUCAUCUGAAUUUUUAUAUUAAGAUGUACCUACAUAAAUUGAUUAUUAUCUCACUUCUGCUGGUGAACUCUGAUGGCUUUCAGGUGCAAGGUCCCUCUGGUCCUCUAGUGGUUCCUCUGGGAGGUUCAGUGGUUUUGGCCUGUUUUGUCGACAAACCCUUACCAAUGGAGGGUCUGGAGGUGGAUUGGAGAAGAUCAGACACAGAGACUCUGAUUCAUCUGUAUCAAGAUGGUGAGAGUCGACCAGAGGUGCAGCAGCAGGAUUAUCAUGAUAGAGCUCAUUUCUUUACUGACGAGAUUCAACAUGGAAACUUCUCCCUCCUGUUGAUCAAUGUGACAGCUGAAGAUGAGGGAGAAUACAGAUGUAAAGUUUUCAGUGGGCAGGAUUCUGGUGCAACUGAGGUCGAAAUAAAACAUGUUGAGCGUUUGAUAGUCUCGGGAUCAGAUCACUCCAUAUCUGCGUAUGCGGGUGAAGACGUCACUCUGAACUGCUCUGUGGACUCUCACAUCACACCUGAAGAGAUUGAAGAGCUUUCAUGGAAGAAAACAGAUAAAGAUGGAGAUAUUCUGGUUCUGCUCUACCAAAAUAAUAAACCUUUACCCGAAUCAUCACAUGAGCAAUACAGAGACAGAGUUGAGUUCUUCACUGAUGAAAUCUCCAAAGGAAACUUCUCUCUCAGACUGAAGAGUGUCAGAACUGAAGAUAAAGGAGUUUAUAUGUGUCAAGUGUUUGCUGGAGGAGUUUCAGCCGACACAACUGUAGAACUGGAACAACUGGGUUUGUCUGUUUUACACAUAAUGGUGUUGAUUCUCUGUAUCACUGCUGCUGGAGCUGCACUUGUGCUCUGUUUAAUCUACUUCACAUCACAGAAAAAAGGGUUCAUUGUGAAAUAUGGUACUUAUCAUUUUCCGGGACGUCCAGUGGUUCUGCCCUGUUUCAUUGAUCCUCAUUUACUGAAGAAAGAUCUGAAGGUGGAAUGGAGAAGAUCAGGAGAUAAAUCAGAUUUAGUUUGUCAGUAUCCAGAUAAUAAGAGUCGACCAGAGGACCAGCAGCAGGAUUAUCAUGAUAGAGCUCAUUUCUUUACUGACCAGAUUCAACAUGGAAACUUCUCCCUCCUGUUGAACAAUGUGACAGCUGAAGAUGAGGGAGAAUACAGAUGCACCGGUUACAGCAAAUGGGGUUCUGUGUUUUCAGGCAGUGCAACGUUAAAAUACAUAAAGAUCUAG